AUGGAAACCUAUUGCGAUGUGGCGACAGAGUUGGUCACAUUUCAAUCCCCAUACCUUUGGUCGACUCUUUCGAAGGGAAUCCUUUGCACAGCCUCCAUUCCAAUCAUUCUCUACCUUUUCUGGACAAAAGUGCUCAAUUUAUAUUCAGAAGUUCAUUAUGCGAACACUUUCUCCCUGACCUCAACAAUGUUUUGUCUUGUCCUUGAUGCGGGCAUCGCCAUUCUUCGUCCAUCAUUUUAUCGAGUUUCUCAACAAAUGCUCACAAAAAUGAUGCUUUCCAUUGUGAUCUUCUCUUUCAUUUUCGUUGCCUUCUAUUUCUUUUUCGUCGACGUCGGCCAUGACGCCGUUUUGAUACAUUGUGUUGAGGACGAUGAUCAAACUCGUGUCUCAGCUCUUGUCAUGUCAAUUCUUACAAUCAUUCUCGACCUUUUCACCCUUUGUGGCGUCUUCUCAUUAUGGCUUUUCUGUAGGAGAAAAUUGAGAGCACCGACAAUGGACGUGAACGAGCGAUUCCAGUUGAGACUUUCAUUUACAGUGUUGACAACAUUCGGUCCGGUGGUGGCUGUGCACACUUUCUUUCUCGUCGAAUACAAUCUUCUUUAUGGGGCAUUGCGAAUGGCAUCAAUCUCGUUGAUGACCUCAAAGAUUUGGCAGGGAAUUUUGACGUUAACCCCUCUCUACACCGUGACCUGCCCACUUCUCGUUCGUUACUUCAUCAACCGAAGCAAAGAACAACGAAAUGUCGAAAUCAAUCGCAAAAUUCGCCCCACCGGUAAAGACUCGACGGCUUCGGUGCAUUUGCAUUUUGAGGAAUUGAAAAAAUCUUGGGAAUUUCCCAUUGAAACCCCGAAAGUGAAAGUGACAUUUUACGGUCGAAAUCAUCGAGUUAUCGGGAAGUCA